UAUAUGAACUGUGAACUGCUUUAUAUUGGAGUUAGUUUUUCAAGGCAUAGAAGAACAUAGGCAUUGAUGACUAUGGGGACUAGCAUAGGCACAUACAAGAGGUUCAAGCCUCACAUCCUUAUGGUUUUGGCUCAGUUUGCUUACGCUUUUUUAUACUUCAUAACUGAAGCUUCCUUCAAACAUGGAAUGAACCCUCAUGUCAACAUAACUUAUCGGAAUAUUGUUGCCGGUUUUACCAUGCUACCCUUUGCCUAUUUUCUUGAAAGAAAGACAAGGCCAAAGUUAACUAUAGCUUUGAUGUUGGAGAUAUUUGUCCUCUCUCUAAUGGGAGUGAGUUUGACACUAAACAUGUACUAUGUGUGCUUGAACUACACCUCUCCAACUCUUCUUGCCUCAAUGGUCAACACUAUAGCUGCCAUAACAUUUAUACUAGCAGUCAUUCUAAGGUUGGAAGAUGCUAACAUUCGAGAUCCUAGAGGAAUGGCAAAAAUCAUAGGAACCUUGGUUUCCUUGGCUGGGAUUAUGAGCAUGACAUUAUACAAAGGACCUGUUGUGAAAAGCUUUGGGCAUCCUCUCAUCUACAUCCCCAGUGGGAAUGGUAUUGUCCACGAGAACUGGUUGAAAGGCUCGAUUCUCACUGCUGCUAGCUGCAUAACAUGGUCAAUAUCGUACAUCAUGCAGGCUUACACUUUGAAAAGAUACCCCGCACAACUGUCACUGACUACAUGGAUGAGUUUUGUUGGUGCGGCACAAUCGGCUUUCUAUACAGUAAUUGUACAACACAAACGAACAGCUUGGACCAUGGGUUUCAACAUUGAUUUCUGGUCUACCAUGUAUGGGGGCAUAGUGAUCUCUGGUUUAGUAGUGUACAUACAACUCUGGUGCACUGAGCAAAAGGGACCAGUGUUUGUAACUGUGUUCAACCCACUCGCAACCAUACUAGUCGCUGUUCUAGCAUAUUUCGUCCUGGGUGAAAAGCUCUACGCAGGCAGCAUUAUUGGAGCAAUAAUUGUCAUUAUUGGACUGUACUUGCUUUUGUGGGGGAAAGAAGAUCAACAACCAGAAAUGAAUGAGAAAGAUAAAUGCCGCACAACUGAUGAAGUGCAUCAAGAAGACCCUAGGAUGCAGAAAUUCACAUCGGAUGCAGACAAAUUUAAUGUAGCACCUUAAUAGUCGGUGCCCCUUUAUGUGGUGAGAAACAGGAUGACCUCCAUACCUAAUCUGAAGUAGUAUGCUAGAAGUGAAAAAUAAAAUAAUAGACAAAUCCUAGUCUACUUGUUGCAGUUUGUCUCUAGAACUGUAGGUUAAUUUCAGUGUUUAGCUGCAGUGCACAGGUGUCUACAAGACCUAACUUCAAGGUAGAAUAGAUAAUGUAGGACUGAAAAAAGCUAAGGAAGUACACACCAGAAUAAGUUGCUAUUUUUUAGCUGUUUAGCUGUUUCUCUCUUUCCUAGUUUGUUUAGAACUCUGUUAGCUAUUUUUUAGUUUAGUUCCUUAUUUUCAGCAAGCAGUAAAGUACUCUACUGUUAUUUAGUUAAGCUAUGAUCUAUAUAGUCAGUUCCUUAUGAUCAAUAAAAUAUCGAUCUUUCAACUUA